AAAGUUCAUUUUCUAUCUGACUCUGCACCUAGAAUCAUUUAAGUGCAGGUGCACAGCCUAUAUUGAUACACAAACAUAAAACUGCAGUCUUCUCUUUUCCAUUUGAACAUUUGAUUAUUUUAUUUCUUUAUGAUUUUGGUUCUCAAAAUUUCAUGAUGAAAAGCUUCUUCUUGUCUCUGUUAGUAGGUCUUCUUUUCAGUAAAAACUACGUUAAACCCACAGAAAUAGAUGGGAAGAAGAAAUGGAAAGGUGAAGGUACCACACCUAACCUGGAGAGCAUUGUAAUUGGAAGGUGUUAUGAAUAUAUUAGAAUUGUGAAUCCAAGUAUUGGUGAGAAGAACUGUACAGAGAUAUGGGAAGCUUUCAGAAAGGCUUUUAUUAAUAAGGAUCCUUGCAACAUUUUACCAUCAGACUAUGAGUUAUUUAUUAACCUGGCACUGCACACAAUUCCACCUAACAAGUCUCUGUUCUGGGAAAAUAACCAUCUGCUGGUCACCAGCUAUUCUGAUAGAACUCGUCGCUACAUGCCUCUGUGUGAUACUUUAAUUGGUUCAUUUGGAGAUUUCCUGAACUGGUGUGGACAAGCAAACGAUACUGGAUUUAAUUAUGAUUCCUGCCCUAACACAGAAGAGUGUGAAAAUAAUGCAGUAGAAUCUUUCUGGAAGAUUGCAUCAAUCACUUAUGCAAAGCAGAGCUCUGGGGUUAUAUACGUUAUGCUGAAUGGUUCUGCGAUAGGGGGUGCCUAUCCAGUCAAAGGUUUUUUUGCAGACUAUGAAGUGCCUAACUUCCAAAAAGACAGAAUUUCACGAAUUGAAAUCUGGGUCAUGGAUGACAUUGGGGGACCUGACUUGGAUUCCUGUGGGAGAGGCAGUGUACAAAUACUAGAAGAGAGACUCAAAACCAUGGGUUAUGACAUCACCUGCAUUGACAAUUACAAAUCUGUACUGCUGUUAAAGUGCCUGGAUUAUCUUAAUCAUUCUGAUUGUUCCAUGGUUUUCUCUGCACCUUCAACACAAAGAGGACUUAUAUCUCCAGACAGAGGCGGCAGCCGCAGCAGACUCAUUUAUACUAUUUUUGUAGCAUUUGUUUUUGAGAUCUGCUUUAACCCACUGAAUUAAUGUAUGUAAUUCAAUCCUUCUGUUUGCCUCCAUUGUCUGUAAGUUUGGCAUUAUCCUGUCUCUGAAUGUAAUUCCUCCCUUAAUUCCUGUGAUUGCAAGUCUGCCUAUUAUAACCUAUGUAACAUUGCCUUUGACUCCUCUGCUGCUGGAAGCUUCAUCCAUGCCUUCCUCUCUCCUUAUCUGGGUAACUCCCUCCUUGUCUGUGGCCUCAACCUGUUCCAGUUAUCCAGAAUCCGAUGAUGAAUGGUACUGCCCUUUUAUUCACCUGUCAGGAACCAGGCCCACGCCACCCCUAUUCAAUGCCACCUGGGAGAGUGGGGGGCCAGUGGGGCAAUUUUCCCCAGGCCCUACAGGGCCCCCACAAGAAUA